AUGGCACAGCCCACCGCUCCCAACAUGGCGAAUCCAGCCGCCGACGCAGCCACCCUCACCGCCAGCAACUACACCGUGGACAAGUCUCAGAUCCCUCGUCCGUACAAGUGUCCGCUCUGCUCGCGCGCCUUCUACCGUCUCGAACACCAGACCCGCCACAUUCGCACUCACACCGGCGAGAAGCCCCACGUCUGCACCCAUCCUGGAUGCGAGAAGCGUUUCAGCCGCUCCGAUGAACUCACCCGACACGUGCGCAUCCACGCCAAUCCCAAAAAGGGUGGCGCCCAUGCCGAUGACAAGAAGGCAGCCGCACGCAAGUCCGGCUCCAACCCUUCUUCCCCCCACGGCGCUGCUCCCGCCAUCGCCUCCGCUUCCUCCAAGCCUGGAUCCGCCCACGCCAACAGGUCGUUCCGCUGGCAGCUAGGCGCCGAGGAAGACGCAGAGGACAGCGAUUCGGAUCGCGAGCUUCGCCACGCCGCUCGCCCCGCCCGCACCGGCGAGAUGUCGGCACUCGCCAUGCUCGCCAGCGACGAGCUCCACGAACUCCAGCGUGCCGAGCGCGAGGGCCGUCGCUCGGGUCCUCACCCGCCUCAUGCCUACCAUUCGCACUACGCUCCCGACGCCUACACCGACCGCUACCACGCCCACGGCUCUACUGCCGCCGCCGCCUCCGGUCACACCUCUGCAAGCUACGCCUAUCCGCCUCCUCCCGCUUCGUCCGGCGAGAGCACGCCGCCCGGCUGCUCGCACGAGGACUGCCACCGCAAGUACAACGACCGCAUCGCCUCGGCAAUCCUCGCUCGCCCGGCCCAGAACCGCUACGCCGCCGAGUGUGGCUAUUCGCGCCCUUCCCACGCCGGCUACAACGGCAGCCACCCUCCUCCGAGCCUCUACCGCUACUACCAGCACGGCUCGCACCACGGCGCCGGCGGUUGGGCCUCCACCUCUUCCAGCGUGCCUAGCAGCGUCGAACACUCGCCGCGCUUCUCGCCCGACGACCACCUGCACGGCGACGACUACGCCUCCGAGUCGGAGCAUGCCGCUUCCCUGCACGACGACGCCAAGCCCCCGCGUCUGCCGCUCGCACCCUCCGGCCCCGCGCCCCUCGCGACGCACAGCAACUCCCACUGGACCCCGAGCAGCAGCCCCGUACUCGGCCCUCUGCGCAACAUGAGCCUGCUCGGCGGCAACACCGUCCCCAACAGCCCUUACACUUCGCGUCCCGGCUCCCCCGUCCUCCACAGCCGCCACGCCCACGGCCUCUCGCCGCCGCACCACCAUCGCUCCCACGAGGGCCCCGCGCAUCAGUCGGGUCUCGGUCACCACGGCUCCCACCGACACCGCUCGCAUCCCUACAUGGAAUCUUCCGCGCGCUCCCGCUCGCAUCACCACCUUUCCUCGCUCGGCGCAACUCCCAUGCAGCCUAGCUCCUCUUCCCACGCCAUCCCCUCCAGCACCUCGGGCGAGCGAAGCACCGCUGUCGAGCUCGACUCCCAUGCCAGCGGCUCGGCUUCCACCUCGGCCUCCACUUCGCCUGCGCAGCCCUCGCACAUGCCGCCCAAGCUCUCGCGCAGCCACAGCUUUGGCUCGCGAAGCAAAGGCAUCCCUUCGCUCAACUCGAGCACCAGCCUUUCGGCCUACCAUCUCACGCCUGCGCAUCCGCCCGCGGCAGAUGCAGAGCGAGGCUCGCGUCGCACCAAGAUCGAAGACAUCUUGGACGGCGGCAUGGGCAGCCUCAAGCCGCAUGCCUCGCGCUCGUCUUACCCGCAUCUGGUGGCGGAUCCGUCCUCGAGGACUCUGCCCCCGCCUUUCCCCGCCAGCGCCUCUCACCGCGACGGCAGUCAUCACCCGGUUCCCGGCCACCACCACACGCACGCCUACAACUACCAUCCCUACGGCGAUCACAAGAAGAGCAUGCGCAGCAGCUCACGCUCGGCGCCUGCCAGCCGUUCCGGAUCGCCUCACGGCUCGCCUACCUUGCACCCGCUCGCAAGCUUGCCCAAUGCACUGUCGUCUCGAUCGCAUUCGCGACAGAGCUCGAUCGGAAACGCCUUUGCCCAUCCGGGGAACGGCUUGGUCAGCGCCGAGUCGAGCCCGACUAGCGUCUAUUCGCAGAUCCCCGGGAGCGCGUCCAACUCGCCUGCAGCGGGCGCUCCUAGCGUUGCGCGCAGCAAAAAGGGGCUAGGCGGGUUUGGCAUGACGCCCAUUCACUCGGCUCAGCGCGACCGCGAGCAUAACACCACGCUGCCCUCGCUCGGUCAGGCGCUCUCGCGCGAGACUUCGCCGAUCAGCAUGGUGCUCCCGCCGCCGAUGAAGCGCAUGCCAUCGGAUGGCGCGCCGGAGGUCGACAUGUCGCCCGCCUAA